AUGUGGCUCACAGUCGGGGUGAUUGUAGUGGUGGCUCUUCUUGUCACCAUAGCGAUUUUUGGCGACUCUCCUCUGUUUCGAGGCACUUUGGUCCACCGUUCCAAAACGUAUAUUUUCCACACAUGGCAUAGUUUGAGCCAUGGUUUCCACCAAGUAAAUAACCAGUAUUUCAAUGGGCGACUAGAAAAGUACUUGGGCUGGCUCGUGCCUUCGUUUUAUAUAGUCGUGGUGACAUUUUGCAUUUUUCAUUUUUUCAAAUCUACCUACCCAAUACUGCCAUUUGCCAACAGCUACUUCCACAAUUUUUUCAUUGGAGCAUCCAUUAUACUGAUCUAUGUCUUCACAUACCUAGCCACGUUCUCCGACCCAGGUAUAAUUACCACCCAGUCGGUUUCCAAGGCCAAAAAGUUCCCCAACAACCAACUCAUCUUUUUCGAUGGUCGAACUUGUUCCACUUGUUUGCUCGAAAAACCAGCCAGAUCAAAGCAUUGCUCUGUGUGUGGUCACUGCAUCAUGCUAUUUGACCAUCAUUGCAUCUGGGUCAACAAUUGCAUCGGUUAUUACAAUUACCGGUGGUUUGUGGGGUACCUCAUCGCUAACAUCAACUUUCUCAUUUACGGUGGAUUCGUCAACAUUUGGACUCUCCAAGCACACAAACAGGCCCACCAAGGAUACUGGAAGCUUAUAAAGUCUUCGGAGGAUAUGAAAAUCACCGGAAUUUUUGCAAUUCUUUGCACAAUAUUCACCAUCAUUACCAGUGCAUUCACGGCGCUUCAUAUCCGAUACAUCUACCUUGGAGUCACCACUAACGAAUACGAGAAAUGGGCCGAAAUCGAGCAUUUAAUAGGUUUGGGGGCUCUUUAUAAAUGCGAAAACUUUGACCAGCCGUAUGUGGAACAAGCGGUGGUUCUUUCGAAUGAUGCCUAUGAAACCGUCUAUAUCAGUCUCGACGAUGCAAAGAUCUUGUUCAAAGAUUCAGACAAGGUAUCACGACAACCAGUGACAUCCAUGGAACGAGACUUGGUAAAUGUGUACGAUUCGGGAUUCUGGAACAAUUUGAAGCAGCGGCUUCUACUCGAAGACACUUAA